CACAACAAUAGGGGACUUGCCAAGGUAAACCGCUUUGCGAAAGGACGCCGUGGAGAGUUUCUUGAAAGUCGUCAUUUAUUUACAACUUUGGUAAGGCAGGAUGACUUUUCAAGAAAGAUAAGGAGACCAACAAAUUGGAAGCAGCAAUACAAAGGAAUAAUGCUGCAUUAUCAACCUGAAGUUUGAGUUGCGACAUUGUUUCAUACAUCAGAGCUCUCGGCGAAAGUUGACAGUGAAACUAGAAAUGAGCAACAAAGCAAAGAGCGUAACAUUCAAAGCUGGAAGAGAAGAGAGCGACACCCUUUCAAGUAGAGGCCACACAGAUCGCAACAAAACUUCACCUUACACAAAGUUUAUAUUGACUGAUUUCGAUCCAGAACCAUUCACUGUUUCCGACAAUGGCAACAAAAUUAUCGGCACUGAAAUCGCACUUAAAGAAGAGUUGCUACUCAUCUUCAAGCGUGAGAAAGAGGCCAUGGAGGCACAGUAUGUCAACAAAGUGCAAGAGCUUCUUCGGGGAUUCAAGAAUAAGAAAGCUGAAUGGGAAUCUGUUGUGAAAGAGGAGCGAGAAUUUCUUGAGCAGGAGCUGGAGAACGAAAAAGCAGACAUUCAUCGGUCAUUUGCUCAGGAAAUCUCAAAAAUGACAAGAGAUUUCGAAACAGAAAGAAUUGAAAUGGAAAAACAGCAUGGUACAAAAUUGAGUCAGCUAGAAGACAAAUUUCAAGAGAAAUUGAGAGAAGAACAAGAUAGACAUGAAAAGGAAAUGAAAGAAAUGAAGAAAGAAAUAAAGAAUGAAUAUGAGUUAAAUAUGAAGAUGGCAAUUGAAGAAAAACAUGCUCAAUGGCGACAGAAGUUGGAAAAUGAAAUUGACGAUUUGAAACGAAAACAACAACAUGAGAAAGAUGACAUCGAAAGAAGGUUUGAAGGUGAAAAAGAAAGGUUGGAAAUCAGAUAUAGAAAUGAGAUCGUUGAAGCAGAAAGAAAGUUUGAAAAGAUAAAAAAUGAAAUGGAAGAAAAUUUUGAAAAUGAAAAACGGCGAGUUCAUAAGGAAUGGCUGAAGAAAGUGGAAGAGCAAGAAGAUGAAAUAUGUAGAGAGAAAAAGAAAAGGAAAGAUGUUGAAGAGAAAUUGCGCAGGGAAAUUCAAAUUGUUUCUGAUAUCGAGGAUAAAAACAGAAGAAUCAUACAGCAAAAAGAAGAAGCGGAGAGGGCCUUUGCAACGGAGAAGACAAAUUUACAAUCACUAAAUGCGAUGCUCAAAAAUGAGAUCACACAACUCAAAGAAGAGAUUGAUCGAUUGAAAAGAAGGCAGCCUUCUCCAUCACCUGAAGCUGCCCCUUCACCAACAGUUAUACUGCAAGAUCAGAGACGGGAGCAACAAACACAGCAGUCUUUCAAUUCAAGGGCAGACUUGCCACCAAAUCUGCGAGAUGACUUUGAUCGACUUUUGAAUGAAUACAAAGAAAACCUGAAAUCUAAAUACAAGAAAGAGAAAGAAUUGGUGGAAGAUAAAAUGGAAAAUGAAAGAAAAAGAGUCAAGGAUGAUUUUGUCAGGGAGAAAUCUGAAUUGGAAAAGAGGUUAACAUUAGAGAGAGAGAAGCUGGAGAAAGAGAUGAAUAAAACGCGGGAAGAAAUGGAAAAGGACAUCGAAAGAAAAUUGAAAACAAAACAGCUUCAAGAUUCACUUGCUGUACAGCAACAGAAAUUUGAUGAGGCAACACGGCGUCUUGAAGAUGAAGAGAGAAAAAGGAGGCUAGAGUAUGGAAAGGAGGCUGAGCUGGAUAAAAUUUCAAGCUUGUUUAGCGAAGUAAAAAGAGAAAAUGAAGGUCUUAAAAUGAAAAUAUCUGCUUUAGUGGAAAACAACAAUUUGUUAAAGCAAAUGAAACAAGAGAGUCAGGGAGAAAUCGACCGCCUAAGAAGGACAAUGGAGGAUCUGCGUACUACAAUUAUAGAAAAAUCACAGAGAGAGCCCGCUGCUGCCCCGCAACCACCACCUCCACCGCAACGACCUGAAUACCCGAUAAUAAUGCCCAUCACGUUACCAGAAACAAGACGCGAUCCAACACCUGUUCCUCCUGCACAGCCAGUUCCCUCUCCGCAACCACCAGUCACUGUAAAUGUGCAGCAACCACAACAGAAUGAGAGGGAGAGAGUAUCAGCAAAAAGUGAUGAGUUUGAAGGGGAAAAGAGAAGACUGGACGAGCUGCGAAGAGGACUUGAAAAGCAGGAGAGGGAAUUGCGAGAGCAGCAGAAUAUAGAAAACGCAGCUCGAAUCGCAGUGGAAAGAUCUCAGUCCCGCUAUGACUCACUGACGGAUGACAAAAGACGCCUUGAAGAAUCACUAAAGAAUCUUGAGCAGAGAGUGAUUGCAAUGCAGCAUGAUAUGGUCACGUUAAAAGAGAAGAAAGAACAACCAAUCACGAUCAAUCACCCAUCGCCACCACAACAGCCUCUAGCUCCUCCUCCACAGCCGCAACCAAACACACCAACGCAGACAAUCCACAUUCCAAUUCCAACUUUCAUUCCCAUUCAGCAACCUGCUUCUCCAACACCGGCUGCGCAGCCACCACCAUCACCGACUCCUGUUGCUCCACAGCAUAACGUGCAAGAUCUAAAAGACAAGAUUAAAACGCUUAAAAAAGAGAAGGAAGAUCUGACACAGAAACUGCAAAUGACACAGAGUGAUCUUAGAGAUGCAACAAGAGAAAACAACAUGCUUCAAAAGCAGAUCACGGAUUUGGAGAAAAUCCUUGACAAGUUAAAUGAUAAACUGGAGCAGGAAAACAACAAUUUGCAAAAAACGAAAGAGCAGCUUGAUGAUGAAAAGCAAAAAGGAAGGAGAGCCGAAGAUCAACUUGAAGGAGAGAAGAGAAAGACAGAAGACCUAAAGAAAGAGCUUGGGGACAAAACACAGCGGUACGAGAAGGAAAUGAGAGAACUGCAAGACAAACUGGACCACGCUGGCAAAGUUAUAGCAACACUGGAAAGCAGUCAGUACGCAGAUAAUCAAAUAUAUCAAAAUGGAACAGCCAAUCAAGAGCAGCAGCUAAGUUCUUCGAAACAAAAGCAUCAGAAGCAACGAAAAGCAUCCCGUCAACCGGUUGAAGAAAUGAUAAAUGCAUCCGAAUCCGUACCGUUAUACGAGUCUUCCCCGGAGUGGAAUUUUCCGGAUGAGGAAGAGCAGCAUGCUCCAAUGGAUGUUUUUCUAACCGAAAAUGAAUUCGACUAUCCGGAGCCGGUUAAAGGCAAUGAUCAAUCCCAGGAUGCUUUGAAAAUCAAGGAGCUUGAAGACGAAAAGCAAGAUCUUCAGAAACGAUUAAGUGAGGCAAAAUUCGCACUGGAUGACUAUACAUCAAAAUUAGACAACCAGCUAAAGACAAUUGAAUCUAAAGCAAAUGAUUCAGACAAGAUGGUUCGAAAGCUGUCAAUAAAAAACGCUGGAUUAAGCACAACUGUGAGAAAUCUAAGUGAAGAGAAGGACCGGACUGCUCAACAGAAUUGGAAACUGUUGAAUCAAAAGUUGCAGCUGCAGAGAUUGAUUGAGAGGCUGACCAGAUUACAGGCGAAUUGAGAGAGACCAAAAUACUCAACUUUUAACACAGAUUAAUUUUUUAAAUCUAUUUCAGAUUUAUAAACCAUGCACAAAUGUUUAUGUAUUGAUGCACUUUUUUUAUUUCGCAGCGAUAAAAUCGGCAAAAUGUAUUUGUCUUAAAGAAAUUUUCUUUAUCAUGUAGGAUGUUUAGCUAGAUGAAAGUUGUCAAAUAUUUAUUGUUGAGCACUUUCUGAAGCCUGAAGAAUAAUAAAGCACAAUUGCAAAAUAUCUUUGGUACAUUUUAUGCAGUAUGAUAUAGAUCAACAUAUUAUAAUUACCAAAAGUUUUUGA